AUGUCUUUGGCACCCCGUCUGGCUCCGGCUCCCGCCCUGAACCACCCAGAAAUACGAAGGACGACGACUCGCGACGGAAUCGAGGCCCUCCAGAGCCUAAAUCGAGGAUUGGUGACCACUGGGAGCCAACCUAUGACCACCAUAAUCGCGGGAGGUCUUGGGGAGACGGCGGGAGAGAUUAUAGAGAUAGAGAUUUUCGCAACAGAUCCCCAAGACGGUCAAUGGAACGCUCAAGGUCGCCACGACGAGACAGGCACCGUCUUCCCCUCCGCCAUUCUCCUUCCAGAAGUUCAGAACGGGGUUAUACACCACCACGCUCCCGUUCACGAUCUCGAGAUAGAGGCUAUGACCGCUAUAGAGACAGAGACGACCGAUCCACGCCUUAUGAAUAACCCUCCCCCACCGCCCACUGCCCCACCAAAAAUCCGAGUUGUCAAACGGCGGACUGCGUCCAAGCGGACGGACAAGCAAGACAUGGAGGCUUAUGGCCGAGUCUUUGUUGGCUGCGGACAGCAAUCCGAUUAUGAAGUCACUACAAAGUUGGGAGAGGGUACUUUCGGAGAGGUUCACAAAGCCAUCCAAAAGGCCACUGGAGCAUCCGUCGCACUCAAGCGCAUUUUGAUGCACCAUGAAAAGGAAGGCAUGCCCGUCACCGCCUUGCGUGAAAUCAAGAUUCUCAAAGCCCUGAAACACCCGUGUAUUGUGAAUAUCCUUGACAUGUUCGUCGUCAGAAGUAGCGAGAAAGAUCCGUUAUCUGUCUAUAUGGUCUUCCCCUACAUGGAUCAUGAUCUCGCCGGUUUACUGGAGAACGAACGUGUGAAGCUGCAGCCCAGCCAGAUUAAGCUGUACAUGAAGCAGCUGCUGGAAGGCACUGAAUACAUGCAUCGGAAUCACAUCCUUCACCGUGACAUGAAAGCCGCCAACUUGCUGAUUUCGAACACUGGCAACCUUCGAAUUGCCGAUUUCGGUUUGGCCCGUAGCUUUGAUACCAACAUCACCAAAGGGGGAUCGACCAGAAAGUAUACGAACUGUGUCGUCACGCGGUGGUAUCGUCCCCCCGAACUCUUGCUCGGUGCCAGACAGUACGGCGGUGAGGUGGACAUUUGGGGCAUUGGCUGCGUGUUAGGAGAGAUGUUCAACCGCCGCCCUAUUCUCCCCGGAUCUUCGGAUUUGGAUCAACUAGAGAAGAUUUGGUACCUGUGUGGAACACCGACUCAGCACUCUUGGCCUAAUUUCGACGCCUUGCCCGGAUGCGACGGCGUUAAGCACUUCAAGAGUAAUCAUAUCCGCAGGGUCAAGAUGACAUAUGAAAGUGUUGGCGCUGAAACGGCCGAUCUGUUGGAUAAACUCUUGGUUUGUAAUCCGAAGGAAAGGAUCACGGCUGCUCAAGCUCUCGAGCACGAGUACUUCUGGACCGACCCCUUACCUGCUGAUCCCAAGACACUGCCCGUCUAUGAAGCGUCCCACGAGUUUGAUAAACGCGGUCAACGGAACCACCAACCAAUGAUGGGACACCACCAACCUUCCAAAUACCAAGAUCCCUCUCACCGCCUUCCUCCCCCCGCUGGCAAUCCGCAGAGACGACAAGGCAAUCACCGAGGUCCUCCGGGUCCCUGGCCUGGCGCACCUCCUCUUUCACAUGGUCCUCACGCUCACCCUCCAGGGCCCGGUUCGUACAACAUGAACCAAGGACCACCACCGGGGAUGUCUGGACCUCCUCCUCCUGGAUUCCGCCCUGGGCCUCCGGGAGGUAUUCCGAUGAAUCCCAACAUGGGUCCUGGACCCUAUCCUGGAGGACGGCCUCAAUUCAACGGGCCCGGUGGACCACGACCUCCUGGACCUGGUGCAUACAGUCUCCCGCCCAACCCAGGUGGUCGACCACCCUUCCGCGGCCCCCAUAAUGGGCCUCCUGGUCCACCUGGAGGGCCAGGAAGGAUGGGAGGACCAGGACUUCCCCCUCGUCCCAGCGUUAGCCUUCCACCGAAGCCCGCUGCUCCGUUGGGCGGUGGUGUGGCUCUGGGGACUGUACCUCGCUCGAAUGUACCCAUGCCUGGUCGACGGCCUCAGCCACCACAACCACAUCCACCACCUCCAAGCACUGGCUCUGGAAACGGCUACGCACCUAACGGAGGCUUAAACUAUGGAUAG